CCUGGACCUGUACAAGAAGUUGAGGGACAAACAGACUCCCAGUGGAUUUACCCUGGAUGAUGUCAUCCAAACUGGGGUUGACAACCCAGCAAUAUCAAAAUGGCCCAACUAAAUAAUCAGAGACUGCCUCCUGAUGAGGAGUACCCGGACCUGAGCGCCCACAACAACCACAUGGCCAAGGUGCUAACCCUGGACUUGUACAAGAAACUGAGAGACAGAGUUACACCCAGUGGCUUCACCCUGGAUGAUGUCAUUCAGACUGGGGUUGAUAAUCCUGGCCAUCCCUUCAUUAUGACAGUAGGAUGCGUAGCUGGUGAUGAAGAAUCCUAUGACGUGUUUAAGGCACUCUUUGACCCAAUUAUCAAGGACCGACAUGGAGGCUACAAACCAAGUGACCAGCACAAGACUGACUUGAAUCCUGAUAACCUACAGGGUGGUGAUGACCUGGACCCCAACUACGUGCUAAGCUCCCGUGUCAGAACUGGUAGGAGCAUCCGUGGAUUCUGCCUUCCCCCUCAUUGUAGCAGAGGAGAGAGACGAGCUAUUGAGAAGCUUUCUGUUGAAGCCCUGGCUAGCCUGGAAGGUGACCUUAAUGGAAAGUACUAUGCUUUGAAAAACAUGACUGAUGCAGAGCAGCAGCAGCUGAUUGAUGAUCACUUCCUAUUUGAUAAACCAGUUUCUCCUCUCUUGUUGGCUUCUGGAAUGGCACGAGAUUGGCCUGAUGGCAGAGGUAUUUGGCACAAUGACAACAAGACCUUCCUUGUCUGGAUCAAUGAGGAAGAUCACCUUAGAGUUAUUUCCAUGCAGAAAGGUGGCAACAUGAAGGAAGUGUUCACCCGCUUCUGUACUGGGCUAACACAGGUGAAGUUAACAUUUGUAACAAGAAGCCUAAAGAGAAUUGCUCUUGCCUUAAAUGGUGCAGGACUUGAUGCACUGCUCAGAGUGCUUACUUAAAACAGGCUCUAAAAAUAUACUGCCAUGUUCUGCUACUGUGUGGCAUGGAAUCUCAGUGCUAGCACAAAUCCUGUAUUGUGCUUGUGUAAACAUCUGACAAUGUAGCUUAGGCAUCUGGUAGCAUCUUAGUGUAUCUUUCCACAAGUAAAUUCCAGGGGUGUAUGGGCUCAAACACUUACUCUAAGUUAUUGUUAUGAAGUCUAGAGGAAGGUCCUCUAACAUCCUGACUGGCUUCCUCCUCUUAAGUGGGGUUUAAUACAUAAUAUGAACUACCACUGCCUACAGACAAAUAAUGGAACAUGUCUUGAGACUCAGUAAAUGUGUAGUGGUGCUACACUACAUAAAGUACCUUUGCUAAAACACUAGUGUGUGGGGGAAGUAAAACCAGCACUUCCUCCCCAUGUCCACCAAUGCAAAGAGGAACAAACGCCACUAAAUC